GGGAGUUUAUUUUAAUGCAGCUACCUCCGUCUUGUCCGAGCAGACAAGGAGGAAACAGAUGAGCUGUCCGCUCUACUGGGGUUGAUAUCGCCCCACUGAAGUCAUCUGGAUGACAGCAUAUUAAAAAACACCCGAAACAGCGAGUUUUAGAGAUGCAGUGAUGCUUUUAACCUCCACACAGUGACUUCACAUCACCAACACCAGCCCCGCUUCCAGCUCCAAUGAUCUUCCACCUCUGACUCUUUCCUAAAAUUGACCAGUAGGUGAGGCCAGCCCUGCCCAGGUGGGGUGGCCAGCGAUGGAAGGCCGACGUGGCGGAGGCAGCAGCAGUGGUAGCUACUCACAGAUCCCUGUCAGAACAGGCAUGGGGUCUGUCAACUCCCCGGCCGUUUCCGUGAGAUUGGAGGCGUACGAUAUCGGAGAGAAGAAAUGCAUCUCGGAUGUGAGGAGGACCUUCUGCCUCUUUGUCACCUUUGACCUCUUGUUCAUCACCAUGCUCUGGAUCAUAGAACUCAAUGUGAACGGCGGCAUUCAGAAUCAGCUGGAACAAGAAGUCCUGCACUACGACUACCACGCCUCCUUCUUCGACAUCUUUCUGCUGGCAGUUUUCAGGUUUGCCGUCCUCAUCCUGGCCUACGCUGUCUGCAAGCUUCGUCACUGGUGGGCUAUCGCGAUCACCACUGCAGUCAGCUGUGCUUUCCUGAUUGCUAAAGUCAUUUUAUCGAAGCUGCUGAGUCAGGGGGCCUUUGGGUACCUGCUGCCCAUCAUCUCCUUCGUUCUGGCCUGGAUAGAAACGUGGCUGCUCGACUUCAAGGUCCUGCCUCAGGAGAUCGAAGACGAAAACAGACAUCAGUCCAUCAUAGAUACAAGUAGGGCUCCUCUCCUGGGUCCAGGUCCUUUAUCUGAUGGACAGUUCUACUCUCCGCCAGAGUCUUUGGCAGACUCUGACGAGGAGCUGGAUGAUAAACACGAACCUGAAAAAGGGCUCAUUACACAAGUGACUUAACAGGAUCUCUGAUCCUGAACAUGGAGGGAUUUUUCGGUCCUCCUGGGUUGUGCUACUGAGGGGAAAACUUCUGCCUUACACCUUCAGCCAUUUUAGUUUGUAUUUGUUCCAAAGGAGUUCAUAUCCACAAAUGCAGCUCACGUUCUGAUAUCAGCCUUCUGCACGUACACCGGGACCAGGAAAGUGCCACUUAAAAAUUUCAGUGUCAUGAACUCUGGUUACUGUAUGAGUUUUGUUUCUCCACCUUUAAGGAACUCGAGACCUUACAAGAGAUUUAUCAGAAAUCAUUACAUCCUUAUCAGUAUCCAUCCAUAAUUCAAAGCAUUACAUUCAUUUUAAAACUUAAAAAUAUAUAUAUAUAUAUAUAUAUAUAUAUAUAUAUAUAUAUAUAUAUACACACUUUCAAUUAAAAAACAGAGUGUUAAUGUCUUAUUUCCAGCGUAAUGUUUACUUAUAAUUCUGUGAUCAUUUUCUCAUGCUUCGGUUAAGUCACUGCAAAGGAAAAUAAGCUCAUGGAUGCCACAGAAAGGAUUGUUCAGCCAGAACUGAGCCUACAGACCAGACUGUAGCAGAAAGAGAAAGUCAAACUCUUAGAGAUGUUUAUGAUUACUUCAAUGUCUUAAAAAUGUGCAUGAAAGAAUAUUAAGGUAACAUAUAGAGAUGUGAACGAUACUGUUUGUUUUGAAACGAGAGUGAAAGGAUUGUGUGUUAAAGAAAACGAGCCAUAAACCUGCAGCAUGUACACUCGGAGAUUUGGGUUUAGUGCACUGAACAGAAGGGACGCUGCUCUCGAAAGCUGCUGUGACGGGCGGGGAAACGUUCUAAUGGAAAUGUACAUAUCUUCAUGCAUGCUUUGCAAGCUCAGUGGAUGUUUAUUCUUUUUUUUCUUUUUUGAAGAAAAGCCUGUCUGUAUAACAAAUCAUUAAAAUGUUAAAGGUUA